CCAUUCCACUAGAGCACAACAUGGCAUCCCGUUCAGGACCGCUCAACGACGACGAAGUCAUCUCAGAGACGAGCAAGAUGGUUGCAUUCAUUAGGCAGGAAGCACAGGAAAAGGCCAGGGAAAUCAAGGUCAAAGCUGAUGAGGAGUUCGCGGUCGAGAAGGCCAAAUUGGUAAGGCAGGAGACGGCGGCUAUUGACGCCAAUUUUGAGAAGAAGAGGAAGGGCGCAGAGACGAGCAUCAAAAUUGAACAUUCAACCGCAACGAAUCGCGCCCGGUUGCGUGUUCUUGCUGCUCGUGAACAGCAUCUGCACACGCUCUUUGAAGACGCGCGCAGGCAGGUCGUUCUUAUUGCUCAGCAGGACGAGAAGAAAUAUGGCCAGCUGCUAGAGGGGCUGAUCUUAGAGGGUCUGCUCCGUUUCCUCGAACCCUCCGUCCUCGUUGCCUGCCGACCGUCCGAUGUCGCCCUCUGUAAAUCAGCCUCCCAACGCGCUUCCGCUUCCUACACUUCUACCUCGGGCCGGUCCGUCUCGAUCAGCGUCGAGGGCUCCCUCCCGAAGGAUAGCGCGGGCGGGGUGAGGCUUGCCGCUGGAUCAGGAAGGAUCAUGCUCGAUAACACGCUGGAUGAGCGUUUGGGCCUGUUGGAGGACUCGAUGUUACCGGAGAUCAGGACAGAUCUGUUCGGGAAGAGCGAGAGCAGACACUUCUAUACAUGAUGUAUCCCUCUUUGCCUUUGUCCGUUAUCCCACAUCACGGGAAUGGCAGUACCUUCCUGUUAUUCUCCGCCGCUCCUGCCAUUUCUCCGCAUGCAAACUAAACUGUCACAGCCUGUAGUUUCCCCAGCUACUCUCCGUCAACCAUCCCAUUCCCGGCCUUCAAAGUUAUGCACCGGCCAGAAGGUCAAGAGCGAUACCCCACGCGCUCGACGUUGACCCAGUACUCGUUCGUCUUCCCAUCCCAACACCACCCAAUCGGGCCAAGCUCGCACUCCGCACAACCUAAGUACUUCGUCUUCCUCCCUUCCGUCGCUGGAUUGUCCGCUUCUGUCCCCGCCGCUGCCGAAACGCUUUUCUCAGCCUCCUCGCCCUGUGCUGGUGAACUUGUAGCAAGUGCAGAAGGAUCAGCAGGAACCGCUUUGCUGAACGCUACGUUCUCGAACGCCAUUGGCGAGGGGGUGACUCGCCACCAUUUCUGUUCUCGUGUCAUUGGGGGCAAGACGGGAUGUGGCUCAUCUCGUCCAGCGUCAAGAUCCCGCCAACUGUCGUCCCCGCUCUCUCUCAGCUCCCCAACCCCUUCAAGCAAGAUCAAGCUCCCGCACCCCUCUCUCAAGCACCUCAGCCUAAUCUUAUUUCUCCCCGCCUCAUCCCUGAGCUCCUCAAGCGUAUAGGAGGCGUAUGUCCGUGACGGGGGAGCAGGGGGGAGGUUGCGCGAUGCAAGGAGGGCGGCGAUCACUUGGGCUUGGGUGGGACCGUCUGGCGCAGGGCCGUCUUCUGUGUCCAUCUGGCAGGGCUGCAGAUAGAAAGGAGGUGGACAGUCAGAUCAGUUGUUUAAUAGGCAACAAGUAUUGCAAGUUUGGGGAAGAACAGCGGCUGGGCUGCGCAGGCACAGGGACCAGGAGCAGGCCUUUUCCGCUUCUCCGGCGGCAAACUCGAUCUCCUUCGGUCAUCGUCUCUUGGACAUAAGAAUACGUCAUCCUCGACUCCUUUCCAACCUAGAAAACUAUCGAUUGAACUGACGGUUGGUCGCCUUGCCGACUUUGAAAAUCCGACUAUCUAUAUAAUUCGUACAAGAGGUGCGUUGGAAAUACAUGCCAUGGACGUGGCAUCUAGAAGGCUAUUGAGUCACAGAUUGCCAACCAGUUUGGGAAGCAGCCUAAUGCUGAGCCUGAGCCGCAGCCUGAGCCCGGGCAGCAGCCUGAGCCUGGGCAGCAGCCUGAGCCGCAGCCUGAGCUCGAGCCUGAGCCUGAGCUCGAGCCUGAGCCUGAGCUUCAGCCUGAGCCUUGGCCUUGGCCUGAGCCUCUCCCUGGCCGAUACCGGACACGUUCAACCCCCUGCUCUUGGCGUCAGCAGGGGCCGGAUCGGUGCUGAAGGAACGGUCAUCAUCAGAGGCACUAUCAUCAUACCUGCCGACAGCGCUCUCGGUAUUGGCACGCCGGGGCAGUUGACGCUGACUCAUUAUGUGACCUUGGCUUGUCUGGAGUAAAUGUGACUCUGCGGCGCGUGGCGGUUUGUCUGCCUUUGUUCCUCUCUUCAGGCCCGGUUAUAUGCGUGACUGAGUCUACAGGCUCGGAUUUGCUGCGUGUGUAAUCCGGAAAUCGUGAUUCUUUGGAGAGAAGACAAAGGCCGAACAGUGCCAGCGCAGGGUUUGAAUUUCCGGGUCGCUCCCUUUUCUGGUCAAUAAUAGCGCCCAAACGUCCGGCAGUCAGAGAUACCGAACGCGCAUGACCUGGAAAUAGAGUGUAUGUUCCAUUUACGUGCUUCGACUGCUGAUCGCUUCUGACGAAACUGUGAGAUCAUGCGAGCUAGACAUCAGAGGUCUUGAUCUAUCCGCUCUUUGUUGAGAUAGCGCUGUAUAUUUGCAUCCAGGUGGCCCCGCCAGUGCUUAUGAUCCCUACUUCGUGUUAUUCCACCCUGAAAUUGAAGAUGGACUUUUCGGAAACUGGCUGGACCUCUUUGCCACAGUUGCAGUAUUUCCGGCCAGCGCAUCUGCAGCUCUCAGGGUAAUCUUCUUAAGAAGUUUCAGUGGGAUAAUCGGCGGACUGAGAUGUCAGAGAUACGAUGCGACGCGUGAAUGUUGUUGAGCCCCGGCCCUUGAUGAAAUCCGCGAGCGCCCCACGUUCGUUCGAGAUAUAUUCUUCCCAGCUACGCAGAUCACAAGAUCAUUCUUGAAGUGGAUUAAGUUGAAUAGACUGGCAGACAACGCAGCAACAUCAUCGUCGAAGGGUUUCAUCAGAGGACUACUGGUGCUAAAUCUCGUCCGGGAACUCUUGGUAGAGGCAUAGUUGCUUGGCUAAGUAACUUGUGGGCUUUGAAUACUGACGAGCGAAAUGAAUCUGGAGUCAUGUUCCCUGCAGAUGGGCAUUGUAUGUCCGUGCUGAACAGGGCACUAUAUUUAUCGACGCCUGCUUGCAAACUAUGCAAUAUUUCCAAUUGCAGCCAGAAUUCUCUUUGGGAUAGUAAGGCCAUAGUGCAGUGCCGUGUCUUGGCUCCUUGUGGGUCACGGUAGUAUGGACCAAAUCCAAGACAAUUGACACCUUUUGAGAGCUCGGAGCAAGAACAGUUGUGUAUCUUCCGAACCACGCAACAGGCAUGGAGCUAUGUAGCACAUUUACGAGCGAUACUUGAAUGGUGUGUAUUGCCUAUUGACAUCGAGUCAAGGGUCUGUACUACUGCGACGAGUAGAAUUGGACAACAGAGGGGAUGAAUCGGCCCCUUUUGCAACCAUUUCAACCUGAGCAAGCAGUCCAGACACAUUGCAGGCGUCACAAGUUGAGGGUACAGGGAUGACCAAGCAUUGUGUGACAUAUACCUACUCUUGCCGAGUAGGUAUAUGACGCGCAGAGGUAGGUACUGUGUUUAGCAAGUGCAAAGCAGAGGACUAGUUCGGUAGAGAGCAAGGGGUGGGGUUAGCAGAGGGAAGAUCAGGAAACCUGUCAGUCAACUGCCGAUGAACGAUUGUCGCGUUCUUGGGGUUCGGAAACCGAUAAUAUGGCUUCAACAUUCGGGAAACCAUGAAAAAAACUUUUAGCCUCCAGCAGGCUCCAGCUGAAUUCGUAUACAAGUCCGUGGAAAAAGAAGUCGAGAUCUGAGAUGGUAGGAGAGACGGUAGCCUAUUAGAUUUAACUUGUCAAAUACCCAUAUUGAGGUUUGACGAUUCCAACUUCUGCGGGUGAAUGACACUGGUGGGAGGGUCUAAGGGGGUGAAAGAGCGUGGAGGCAGACCGACAAGGAGAAGGGUGCUGAAAGACGCAUACAGGAUCGGUCUGUGGGUUUAGGCGACCAGUAGGUAGGAUAUCUUUUUGCCUUCCGAUCCAAGUUGCCGGUCUAGAUUUAUCUCUCUGCCCGUCUAUCCAUCUCUGAAGUGGUCGAGGUAAGCAAGCGCGGCGGUACGAUCGACGUCAUACACAGCUAUGAAUGCCCGGGGUGCGCGUGAAGACACAGAUGAUCCACUUCAAGAAAUCAGGAACUUGAUACCCUUGUUGGCGCGGCUGAGAUGGCUGCCGACUGUAACUAAGAUCAUUCAAAUGGUCGCGCCACAAGUUCGACCAUAGGCAGUAUGAUAGCGCUUCCACAAGCUAAAUCAAGCCCGCUUCGUUGAUCCAAUGCUUUGAAGGGCGGGACAAAAGCAUUCACACGAGCAGACAUAGGCAACAGACUACCUGGGGCGAGAUGGGGGACACGGAGUAUCCUCUUCGUCUGAUGGAUCGAUUUCCGAGGAAUCCACGGGAUGCGAGAGUAGCUAAUCUGGAAGAACAUGUCAGGGGGGAACCAACAAACAGCCGAGUACACUUGCUGUACAGUGUUACGGCUACAUAGGAACAGGGAUGUGGCCGAUAGAAAGAAUGGGAUGGACUCCAUAAGCCGAAGCAAGUGGCCCUGUUCGAUACAGAUACGUAGGCUCGUGCUUAGAUAUGUUGCAUUGGGGAAUACCAGCGCCUGCUCAGGCUCGUUCAUCGUUCCGGAGGGCAUAGAGGUAGCGGGCGAUCGCUAAAGCGUUGGGAUGUUUGCGAAUGCUAUGCGGGUGCGCAUGUAACACACAGGGUCACAAAUCGCUCUGGAGGGAGGGCGAUUCUGCUCAUUUGUGCCACAGUAGUGUUUGAGUUGAUAGAGCCGAGAAGACGUUGAAGCAACCGGGCGGUGUGCGGUGUGGUUUCGUAGAAUGCACAGCCUAGGGCAGAUAGAGGCUCGAGACGGCUUCUUGGAAAUGCAAAGCUCCUAGAUGUGUAGUCGCAGGUGUGAUGUUGACAGGAGCAUACCACUGGGAGUCUUCUCGUAUUGGGGAGGAGUGAUCACGCGGAAGACGCGAUCACUACGUGGCAAAGAUCCAGCCGACAAAACUAUGGCCUCAAUCCCAGAAAUGAUGGUCAUCCUGAACAGGGUCUAUUCAAUGAUGAUGUCACACCGUCGGCCAUGGAUGUAUCGGGUUUUGAUGAGGGCAGAUGUCUUUCCAUAGAUGGUAGCUGAUCCACAUUGAACGUGAAGCCCGCUGCGCACAGGUCGUGCACGUAUUCGUGUCAUCGUGCUAAAACUAUAUACGGUAUUCUGACGCUUGAAGUUCCAGGAUGGAGGAUCAUCAGUAUAGGUAGCACGAUGUCGAUUUAGAAACGACGAUCAUGACAAUGACUUGUGAUACUAGAUUGCCGUUCCAGCUUCGGAGUCAAGAGGUUGAGCUAGAUAUCCAACUUCCGUUCACCAUACCCAUCCUCCGGUUUGGUGAAGAAGCCGUCAUGGUCAGCGAUAGCAGCGAAUCCCGUUAAAUGAUGAACCGAGUUCCCAAAGGCGAUGUCCGGAUUGAGGUUUGAUAAACAAAGGGGCGGAGAAGCAAACGGUAGCCGAUCAGCUCCAUAAACGAGGCCAGUUUCCAGGGCUGAAAGACGGAAGUUACGUUUGUUGAAUAGGAGGAUUAGACCAUCAGC